AUGGGGAGGGCGGCAGCGCUCCAAAACUACAAUCUGGAGCUGGUUCAUCGGAUCGAGGAGCUGAGGGAGAAGCGCGAUGAGAUCAAGAGGAUAAUGCAGCUGGAGGAGGAGGAGAAGGCGGUGAUCCAGAAGGAUCUGGCGGCUCUCAGCAAGCGCCUAGCGGAACUGGAGGAUAGCCUCUCCCGGAAGUACGCCUACUCGAGCGAGUAUGACAAGACUAUCCGCGAGGUGGAAUCCGCUUACGCGAAGAUUUUGGAGAGCUCCAAGGCUCUACUUCACGUCCUCAAGACAGAGCCUAUGAAUCCUUCCAUGGAUCUUCUCAAGAAGCCCUGAUUUGAGGUGGACUAGUAAAAAAUUCAAAUCUGCUUUGGCGCUA